AUGUUUGUGUCGCGAUUCGAAAAAAUCGUGGAAUGUCGAAUAGUGAGUUUUCUAAGAAGAAAUCAUGUGUGGACGAAAAAUAGAAUUGUGAAAUCACCUUACCGUGAUAUUGAAAUACCAAAUUUUUCUGUGUCCGAAUAUAUUUUGAGUAAUAUACACAAAUGGGAGAACAAAACAGCUGUGGUAUGCGGAGUCACCGACAGACACUAUACAUAUGGGCAGCUGUACAAACAUUCACGGAUAUUAGGGGCUCAUUUGAGACGGAACUUCAAAUUACAAGAUGGCGACGCUGUUGCAGUAAUGAUGCCGAAUUUGCCGGAGUACCCCAUCACGUUACUCGGCAUAUUAUCAGCUGGGGGUGUUGUUACAACUCUCAAUCCAGUAUAUACAUCGUAUGAAGUACAAAGACAAAUAGCGAUGUCAGAUACUAAACUUAUAUUCACAAUCCCAGAAGUAGUUCCCGUAAUUCAAGAGGCUUUAUGUCUGGCAAAGAAAAAUAUUCCUAUAAUUGUCAUGGAUGUGGAAAACAACCGUCAAGACGGCACAAUUUCGUAUAAAGAAAUCAUUAAUAACACAAACGUUGAUUUAAGUAUUCUUAAAGAGAUUAAAAGGGAUUCAGAAGAUGUCUCUUUUCUGCUAUACUCUAGCGGAACUACGGGAUUGCCUAAAGGCGUGGAAUUAACUAAUAGAAAUAUCGUUGCGAAUUGUAAGCAGCAGGAUACAGAAUUACGAAUGUAUGACUUUACUACUGAAACAAAUCAAGAUACUGUACUAGCAAUUAUUCCAAUGUACCAUUCAUAUGGUUUGACUGUGGUCGCUCUUCACAAGUUGGCAGUUGGGUUGAAAUUGGUAACAAUGCCGAAAUUCAAACCUGAAACAUUCGUCAAGGCUCUGGAAAAACAUAGCAUUGAUUCGUUUUAUUUGGCCCCACCACUGAUGCUUUUCCUGAGUUCGUAUCCUGGAGUGAAGGCAAAGCAUAUGGAGCGGUGCAGAUCUGUCACCAUUGGAGGAGCACCGUUACCCAAAGCUGAUAUUGAAGCGUUUCUGAAUAAAGUUGAGAGAGAUGUUCACGUUGGACAAGCGUAUGGCUUAACGGAAACAAGUCCAAUUGCAACAUUAGCACCUCUUGGCUUCAAGAACUAUACAUCUGUUGGUUAUGCUAUACCAAACGUCGAGCUUCGGAUAAUUGAUAGCGAAUCAAAUAAUUUAGGACCUAAUGAGGUUGGAGAAUUACUAAUAAAAGGGCCUAACGUUAUGAAAGGAUACAAAAAUAACCCCGAAGCCAACAAGCAGGCGUUGGUUGAAGAUGGCUGGUUCCGGAGUGGUGAUUUGGCCAGUAUUUCUGAUGAUGGAGUACUAACCAUUGCUGAUAGGUUAAAGGAGCUGAUCAAGGUCAACGCAUACCAGGUCGCUCCAGCUGAACUAGAAAGUGUUUUAAAAGAACAUCCAGAUGUCUUCGACGCAGCAGUUGUACCUAUACCAGAUCCAAUCACUGGGGAGAAGCCAAAAGCCUUUGUGGUGUUGAAAGACAACAAAAACACAAGUGAUAAUGAUAUCCUAGCAUUUGUUAGUAAAAGAGUUGCGCCAUACAAGCGCAUUAAGGAAAUUGCUUUUCUUAACGAAAUACCCAAGAACCCGUCGGGAAAGAUUAUGAGAAGGACACUUGUUGAAAAAUAUUGUUCGUAG